AUGGCUUUCAGAGCGCUCGUCCUCUCGUGCAUCCUCCUCCUCGUGUCGACGCCCGCGUUGGCGCAGCGCGGUCCGCCUCGCGGAGGUCCUCCCGACGGCCGUGGACCAGGGGGGGCGCGCGGAGGCCCUGGCGCCGGUCCUGGCAGUCCCGAUGGCCCUGGCGGGCCUGGCGGAAAGCCGCCACACGGUCCGCCGCUAAACCUGACGGCCGUCGGGAAUCUGACGGCCGAUGUCGGCGCGCGACUGGCCAACUGCACGGCUGAUCAGAAGAUCCUUGACGGCCGUUUCCACCUCGCCAUCUUCAAGAACGCCACCGGCAAUUACAACCUCCUCGUCGAGGCGCUCCUGGUGGAUGCGGCGGGCGGUCCGCCCGACUCGCUCGCGAUCGUGAAGGGCGCUGCGUGCGACGCCGCCGCGACAGACGUGCUCGCGCUGCCGCUCGCCGCGUCGGACUGGCAGCAGCGCGCGGGGUGGUGGCUGCUGCACGCGGAGGCGCGCCUCGACGCGUUCCUCGAGAACGCGGACGCCGCCACCCUCGACGCGCUGCUCGUGGUGCUCCCCAACGCCCCGCUUCCGCGCAAGAGCGGCGGAGGCGCCCGCGGAGGCAGCGCCGGGGGCGCGCAGAGCGGGAAGGGUGGGAGGCGCAUGGGGCGGGAGCUGCUGAUGCGCGCAUUCGGCCGCCCUGCCAGGCAGGGGGGGCAGAAGCAGGGAGGCCAGCAACAGCAAGGAGGGCAGCACCAGCAGGGGGGAGCGCAGCAGCCGCCAGCAGGUGGUUUUUCAGGUGGAUUUCCAGGUGGUGAUGGUGGAGUGAACAGCACAGUGAGCGGGUAUGCUGUGCUGGCGGGCAGCACUGCAGCCGGUGUGACGUGGGGCGGGCAGCUCAUGGGGGUCAAGAUGCCUGACGCUGCUGCAGCUGCAGCUGGUGCUGCUUGA